UCAUUCCAGCUUUUCCCUGGGGUGCCCCCCUCCCUGCCCCUUCUCGCAGUGAGAAGGGAGAAAGCAGGAGGCGGGACGCAGGGAUAGACAGGGACCUUUCAAAGCAGAUUUGCAGCAAGCUAAUAGCAAGAAUUGGUGCAUUAUUUUUUCCUCUUUUUCCCACUGAAGGACUCAGCCAGAGCAGGAGCAGAGAGAGGCAGGGAAGCGGAUGGGAGAAGGGAGGAAGAGAAAUAAAGAAGGAAAGAAUCUCCAUUUCGUGCAGAGGGGGGGUUGCAGGGACUGGUGCAUUUUACGCUGCAAGGGAAAAGAUCUUGGGGUUCAGAGGCAGAGUUCAAGAAAGGGGUCAUUAGGCCUGCAAAGGUGGAAACUGGGGAGUCUGUUGAGGACCAGACAAGAACUGCUGUUUAUUUGCAGGGAGCCUGUGGAUUUUUUGCUUUCGUAAGCUGGGUUUGCAUGAGCUGGUAUUUGAUUUUCAGGGUUCGUUUGGUUUUUUUUUUAAAGGAAGAAACCGAUUUGUGUCAAGUUUAAGAACCUUAAAAUGCAGUUUGGGGGGUUAAAAAACUAGGAAUUUUUUUUAUUUAAUUUUUUAAGGGUUGAACUGGACUCAGAAACAGUGUACAUAUUAUUGUAUGAUUUUUAUUGAUUAUUUAUUUUUCAAUGAUAGCAAGGAAAGGCCGAGCUGUUACUCUAAAAGAAGUGCCAAUUUGUGGAAGAAUCUGAGCUUCUGGUAUUUUUUUUUUUUCUGCUACAGUUUUUCAAGUACUAGGCUAGGGAUUUUUUUUUUUUUUGGUCUCUGCCCUGCAAACAGAAGAACAGCUGUUAAAACUGGAUUAUAAGGAUGUUUUUUUAUCUGUGUUUUGCAGUUAAGACUUGAAUAUUUUGAAGAAAAACUGCUUUGUUUCCUUUUACAUUUUUUUAACAGCAUCUGUAAUCUUGAAAAGACUAUUUUUGGGCGUAAUAAAAAGGCGAGUGUGUGUUUUAGUUUUUUUCAGAAGAAAACAGGAGGGGAAAAAUUAAAAAAAAGAAAAGGAAAAAAAGGACUAUGUUCAGACUCCAGCUCAAGAUGGACCUGCAGCUUCCAGGAUCUUGAUCUGUUUUCCUCUUCUGGAAUUUUUUUUUUUCUGGGAGGGUGUGAUUUUAAAAUUAUAAAGGCAGUCAAGAAAACAGAGAUUCCUGGAUUUUUGGAUCAGCGAAGAAGACAAGAAGAAUCAUGAGUGUGAGGCCUCCACAGACUGCACUAGACAGGCCAGCCAGUGAAAAGCGCUCUCACUUGCCCAGGUUAAGCAGCCUGUCUUCACUGGGCGAUUCGACUACAGGACGCAGGUCUCCUGGGCACCGCCGCCAGCCGUCUGACUGCACUGAAACGACAGGUUUGGUCCAACGCUGCGUCAUCAUCCAGAAGGAUCAAGAUGGCUUUGGCUUCACCGUCAGCGGGGACCGAAUUGUCCUGGUGCAGUCUGUCCGGCCAGGAGGAGCGGCCAUGAAGGCUGGGGUGCAAGAGGGUGACCGGAUCGUCAAGGUGAACGGCACAAUGGUGACAAACAGCUCCCAUCUCGAAGUGGUGAAGCUCAUCAAAUCCGGCGCCUACGUCGCGCUCACCCUCCUGGGGUCUCCUCCUCCCUCAGUGGUGCUCUCCAGCCCUCAGCAAGACGUGAGCGUAUCGGGGGCGCCCGGUAUUGCACCCUUGUGCCCCCCGCCACCUCCCCCACCUCCGUUGCCUCCGCCACAGCGCAUCACAGGACCCAAACCAUUACAGGAUCCAGAAGUUCAAAAGCACGCGACUCAGAUCCUCCGCAACAUGCUGAGACAGGAGGAGGCUGAGUUACAGCGAUUCUGCGAGGUGUACAGCCGGAACCCCGCCACCACGCUAGAGGAACGGAUCGAGGGGGCACGCAGAAGGGUCAGCCAGCUGCAGCUCAAGAUCCAACAGGAGACGGGCGGCUCAGUGGAUUUGGGGCGGCCGUGCUGCAAUUCCGGCUCAGCCAGUCUCCGGGGGACAGAAGGUCGCCUCUCUCUGGACUCUCAGGAUGGCGAUAGCGGUUUGGAUUCAGGCACUGAGCGGUUCCCUUCGGUGAGCGAGAUCUCUCUGAACCGGAACUCCGUUCUGUCCGACCCUGGCCUCGACAGCCCACGCACCUCCCCGGUCAUCACCUCCAAGAUGUUCCAGCACCAUCGCCGCCAAGGCUCGGACACGCCCUUCCUGCCCAUCGCAGAGCAGGGCGUGGACCGGAUGCCGAAGCCUCUCAUCAUUGGGCCAGAGGAAGAUUACGAUCCGGGGUAUUUCAACAACGAGCAGUGCGACUCCCUCUUCCAGGACCUGGGGAAGCUCAAAUCCCGACCGGCUCACCUGGGCGUCUUCCUGCGCUACAUCUUCUCCCAGGCAGACCCGAGCCCCCUGCUCUUCUAUUUGUGCGCAGAAGUUUGCCAGCAAAUGAACUCCAAGGAUUCCCGGGCGCUGGCGAAGGAGAUCUGGAACAUCUUCUUGGAGAAGAACGCGCCUCUGAGAAUUAAAGUGUCUGAGCAGUUACUAGUUGACAUAGAGUCUCGCCUGCGGAACGGGGAGGAUGUCCGAAGCGCCUUCUCCGAGGCUCAGGACGCAGCGAUGCCCGAGAUCCAGGAGCAGAUCCAGGACUACAGGACGAAGCGCACCAUGGGGCUGGGAAGCCUGUAUGGAGAAAACGACCUGCUGGAUCUGGAUGGUGAUCCCCAGAAGGAGCGCCUGGUGGCUGAGAAGCAGCUUGGGCAGCUGGGUGACAUACUGUCGAAAUAUGAAGAGGACAGGAGCUCCCCCAUGGCCUUUGCCCUCAGCACCUACAUGAGCCACACGGGGAUCCGGAUGCGGGAGGCCCGGCCAGCCAGCACCAGCGAGAAGUCCCAGGCCUUCCCAGACAAGGACAAGUGGCUGCCCUUUUUCCCCAAGGCCAAGAAGCAGAGCAGCAGCACGAAGAAGGACAAAGAUGUGAUGGAGGAUAAGAAACGCAAUCCCAUCCUGAAAUACAUUGGGAAGCCCAAAAGCUCCUCCCAGAGUACAUUUCAUGUCCCUUUGUCCCCUGUGGAAGUCAAACCCGGCAACGUGAGGAACAUCAUCCAGCACUUUGAAAACAACCAGCAUUGCGAGUCCCAGGAGCCUGGCACGCAGCGUCUCUCCACUGGCAGCUUCCCUGAAGAGCUGCUGGACUCAGACAGUUCCAGGUCAGAGGUCAAGCUGGGCCGGUCGGAGAGCCUGAAAGGGCGGGAGGAGAUGAAGAAAUCGCGCAAAGCGGAGAACGUGCCACGGUCCCGGAGCGACGUGGACAUGGACGCUGCAGCAGAGGCCACGCGGCUUCACCAGUCGGCGUCGUCUUCAGCAUCCAGCCUGUCCACGAGGUCCCUGGAAAACCCCACUCCUCCCUACACACCCAAGAUGGGGCGCAGGAGCAUUGAGUCCCCCAGUCUGGGCUUCGGCACCGACUCCUUCCUCCCCCACCUGCUGGAGGAUGACCUGGGCCAGCUGUCGGACCUGGAGCCGGAACCGGACACUCAGAACUGGCAGCACACUGUCGGCCGGGAGGUCAUGGCUCACCUGACCCACAGGGAGAUAGACCGCCAGGAGGUGAUCAACGAGCUCUUCGCCACAGAGGCGUCUCACCUGCGGAUCCUCCGAGUCCUGGACGUCGUCUUCUACCAGCGGAUGAAGAGGGAGAACUUGCUGUCGCGGGAGGAGCUGGGGCUGCUCUUCCCCAACCUCCCGGACCUGAUCGACAUCCACAAUUCUCUGUCUGAAUCCAUGAAGAAGCUCCGAGAAGAAGGACCAAUCAUCAAAGAGAUCGGGGAUCUCAUGCUUUCUCGGUUCGACGGGCCAGCGCGGGAGGAAAUCCAGCAGGUGGCAGCUGAUUUCUGCUCAUACCAGUCCAUCGCCCUGGAGCUGAUCAAAACCAAGCAGCGCAAGGAGACCCGCUUCCAGAUCUUCAUGCAGGAAGCCGAGAGCAACCCUCAGUGCCGACGUCUGCAGCUGAAGGACCUGAUCAUCUCCGAGAUGCAGCGCCUGACCAAGUACCCGCUGCUGCUGGAGAAUAUCCUCAAGCACACGGACGGCGGGACCCCGGAGCACAAGAAGCUGUGCCGCGCCCGCGACCAGUGCCGGGAGAUCCUCAGGUACGUGAAUGAGGCGGUGAAGCGGGCGGAGAACCGGCACCGGCUUGAGGCCUACCAGAAACGCCUGGAUGCCACGUCUCUGGAGCGGACCAGCAACCCACUGGCAGCUGAGUUCAAGAACCUCGACCUCACCUCCCGGCGCAUGAUCCAUGAGGGGGCUUUGAGCUGGCGCAUCAGCAAGGAGAAGACAUUGGAUCUGCACGUGCUGCUGCUGGAGGACCUCCUGGUGCUGCUGCAGAAGCAGGACGAGAAGCUGGUGCUGAAAUUUCACAGCAAGACGGCGCCGGGCUCCUCGGACACCAAGCAGACUUUCAGCCCCGUCCUGAAGCUCAACUCCAUGCUCAUCCGCUCCGUGGCCACAGACAAACGAGCCCUUUUCAUCAUCUGCACUUCCGAGCUGGGGCCCCAGAUCUACGAGCUGGUGGCGCUGACGCCCUCGGAGAAACACACGUGGAUGGAGCUGCUGGAGGAGGCGGUGCAGAGCGCCAUGAGGAACGCCACCUCCCCCCCCAAACGCCGGACUCGGGAGCUGCCCAUCCACAGGCCGGCCCCAUCUAGCCUGGUGCUGCAAGACCCCGACGUCUCCCCGAUCCUCUCCCAAGCCGACAGCUCCGGGGCAGAGGUGGAGGAUGUCUCUUCAGCGGAUGAUAAUCCCACCGACUUCCUGGGCAAGGGGAAGCAUCCGGUGCUGCCGGAGGAGCCGGAGGCCGAAGGCAGUGAGGAGGAGGAAGAGGGGGAGGAGGCGCCAGCUGCCCCUGUGCCGGCACAGAGCUCUGCGGAAUUAGAUGAAGCUGGAGUGUCCGAGGAACCGGGGCCCAGCAUGCACCUGCCCCUCCCGGGGCUUGUGUUGACCGAGGGACUGGCCGAAUCGGCCCUGGAGGACGUGGAGAACCUGCGGCAUCUGAUCCUGCGCAGCCUGCUGCCCUGCCGGGACCCGGAGCCUGAGGACGACCUGACCCCCACGCCCUCGGUGGCUGGAGGAGCCGCGCAGCCUUGGGACUCGGUGCUGUCCAGCCAGGACUCAGGCUGCCAGGAGCAGUCGGUGGAGCACUCGGGGCGGGGCGGCCCCACCACAGACAGGGCUGGUCUCCCAGGCCACUCGCCCAGCGGCAGGCCGGAGCCAGAGCUGGAGUCAGAAAGCCGGCCGAGUGCGGGGGACAUGGAGGAGAUGGGCUGGAGUUCAGACGGCGGUCGGGAGGCGUCCCAGGAAGUGGAGAGGCUCCCGGCUGCGGAGGGGCAGGGCGGCUACAAAGUGGUCCGGAAAGCUGAGGUGGAGGGCACUAAGGAUGCCACGCCCUUGGCAGACAGCAGCCAAUCAGAAACUGAGUUGCAUGAAGGAGGCGGAGCUAAUGUAGAUGGGAAUUACUUCUACAUCAGCAUGCCCGCCGGCCCUGCAGAGUCCUCCACCGAGCCCCCCGCCCCCAAGCCGCCAGCGAGCCCCGUGGAGCAGCCCCCCAGCCUGCCUUGCCCCGCCCUCGGCUCCCAGCAGCACGACCAGGACAGCACGUUGGGCCCUGGCAGCCUUGAUGGGGCCCCACCCCCGGAGCCGCCCGCCCCCAGCCUGGUGAUCCAGGACGUUGACAUGAUCUUCCAGACGAUAGAACAGCUCACGCUGAAACUCACCAGGCUAAAGGACGUGGAGCUGGCCCAUCACGAGUUGCUGCGGUCUUUGGGAAGAGGUUCAUCAGCUGAGACCACCCCGGUGGGGGUCACCGCGCUGGAGAUGGGCCGGUGGCUGGAAUGCCCUCCCUGCCCUGCCAGCAAUCACUGCCCCUCCCCUGCCCAGCGAGGCUGCAGACCCCAGCAGCCAGCGAGCUCGGCUGCCGAGCCCCCUCGGAGGAGCCCCUCUGCACCAGCGCCCUGCCAGGGAGAUCUCCCCAAAGAUGGCUGGGUAGCUGGAGCGGCAGGGCACCCGCUGGACCCACCCAACCUGGGGAAAGACCCCUGGGAGGUAGGGAAGCCCGAAUGUUGAAACAGACCCGUGGAGGCUGCCACUGGAAGCUUGGAGCAUGUUAGUUUUGGCUGAUCUCGGUGUCUCGUCCUAGCCAUGGGGCUGGGCGGCCCUUUGCCUGGAGAGCGAGUGCCCAUCACCCUGCAUGCUGCCUGCUGCUGGCAGGCCAGGCCCCCACCGCUGCCUCCACCUCUGUGCCCCCCACGGACAAGCGUCGUCCCUGUACACGAGAGCUGGAAUAUAGUCUGUCGAAAUGCACUUUUUGUUUCUCUCCGUGCUGAGGAGCCCACGUGGUGGGUCCCGGCCCGCCCUCUCUGCUGAUCUGAUAUAAAUAUGUAUGUAUGUGCAUUGGGUUCUUGUAAAUAACGACUGUAUCCCGUGACCCUGCAUUACAACGGCCAUUACCACUAUCCCGCUCCCUGCCCAGCCUGGGGAAACGAGAUGCCAAGCAGCCCGGUCCUCUUACCACUAGAUGUUCCCUCUGGGCUUCUCGCUGUGUCUCCCCGGCCCUGUGAAGCCAGAGCACACGCUGUUGGCAUUAGCCGGCCUUUCUCCCUCCAGCAGAUGCGCUGCCCCCUCCUUCAGGCAGAGGCUUUUCGGUAGAGACUGUCUGGAAAACGCACAUUGCUCCACUGGAAUGGCUGAAUCUCCAGGGCGGGCAGUGGGCUGGGAAAACAGGACACCCCACACCCGCGUCUGCUGUGGCAAAAUCCCAGCGCUGCUUGGAGACAAUCAGCCGGCUGGAGGGGUCGGAGGCUGUGUGGGGAUCGUCUCCGCUGCACUCCUUGGGGCUGGGUGAGCUCAGCCCAUCAGAUACAAUCGCCCCUAGCGGUGAGCUCCGCACAGCACCGAUCAGCUGCUCUGGCCGGAGGGAGGAGCUGGGAGGGCUCAGGGUAAGAUCCCACUUUGCAAUCAGCUUUUGUCUAUUUGCAGGCUGCUGCGGCGCUGCCAGAGGCCAGGCCCUGGGCCUGCCCCUGCUCAUCAGCCCCCGGCCCGGUCCCAUAUAUACACACACACACACACACUAGCUAGAGGACUGACUGUUUGCUGUUCCAUGAUGUAUAAUCGGUUUUAUUUUCUUCCCUUUACUGGUAAAGUUUUUUGUUUUUGUUUUUUUAAAGAAAAGUGAAAUAUUC